AUGGCUACCGCUGUCGAGACUAAAGCAGACGCCCAGCUUGAAGGAGGCAUUGCCCAUGUGGAUCAUGGCUCCUUUACCGACGAGAAAAAGGGAAACGUCGACAAGGCGGGUGCAAUUGAGGCAGAGAAUGCCGAGCAUGAAAUGGGAGUGUUGGAUGCUGUUCGGGCAUAUCCGAUGGCUACCUGGUGGGCGUUUGUAAUGUCUUGCACCAUCAUCAUGGAGUCCUACUGUGUCUUUCUCAUAGGCAACUUUAUUGCCUUGCCGGCAUUCGCUGACGAUUUCGGUGAAAUCAAUCCUGCAACGGACAAGCGUGUUAUCGUGACCUCAUGGCAGUCUGCACUCCAAAUGGGCGGACCACUCGGCGCCAUCAUCGGAGUCUGUCUUGCUGGGCCUCUCACCAGCCGAAUCGGCUAUCGUUGGGCAACCAUCUCCGGCCUCAUGGCCCUGAACGCCUUCAUCUUCAUCUUCUAUUUUGCCAAGUCACUGCCGGUCAUGUUCGUGGGCCAACUUCUCGAGGGCAUCCCGUGGGGCAUCUUUAUUGCCAACGCGCCAGCAUAUUGCAGUGAGAUCGUCCCAUUGAAGUUGCGCGCCCCGGCUACACAGAUGUUGCAGAUGUUCUGGGCCAUUGGUAGUAUUAUUGUCGGCGGUGUCACCUACCAUUACAACACUCGGUUGGACCCAAGCGCAUACAGGAUCCCCAUUGCCCUUCAAUGGAUGUUCCCUACGCCUCUUGCAAUCCUCAUCUUCAUUGCACCCGAGUCGCCUUGGUGGCUGGUUCGAAACGGACGCUUUGAGGAUGCAUCCAAGGCAGUUGGACGCCUGGGGCGUAGAUCGAAGUUGAACCUUGACGAGUCUGUCUCCAUGAUGCGACGUACUAUUGAACUUGAGAAGACUGAAAAGGAACCCAACUACUUGGAAUUGUUCCGAGGUACUGACCUCUACCGCACUCUUAUUGUGUGCGGUGUUUAUGCAGCACAGAAUCUUACGGGCAACCUCAUCGCUAAUCAGGCUGUCUACUUCUUUGAGCAGGCUGGAAUAAAGACAGACACCGCGUUUGCACUGGGGCUCAUCACUUCAGCUCUUCAGAUGAUUUUUGUCAUGCUUUCCUGGAUCCUCACAACAUACGUUGGCCGACGUACAAUCUACGUUUGGGGUUCUCUCAUCAAUGUCUGCUUUCUGGUUGCCCUUGGUAUUGCCGCCUCUGUUGGCGAUCCCAAGUCGACCCAGGCCUCUCUGGCGCAAGCAUCUUUGGGUCUCAUCAUCUCUGUCUUGUUCACCUUGGGGCCUGCACCUGCAUCGUGGGUCAUCAUUGGAGAGACAUCGGCUAUUCGUCUCAGGCCAUUGACUACUGGUAUCGGACGUGGCGCGUACUAUGUCGUGAAUAUUCCCUGUAUUUUCUUAGGAAGUUAUAUGCUCAACCCAACGGGCGGCAAUCUUGGUGGCAAAUGCGGAUAUGUUUGGGGCGCUACUGGCUUUGUUUGUUUCAUCCUUGCAUACUUUUACCUGCCUGAGAUGAAGGGCAGAUCCUACCGUGAGAUUGACAUCUUGUUCAAGCGCAAAGUUCCUGCUCGGCAAUGGACCAAAACUGUUGUGGAUGUCAACGACGACGAGUAG